CCACAUUAAUGGCGACGCACAUGAUAGUGGUUGGAGUCAUUGCGUUAACCGACUGCCGUGCGCCGAAUGUCUGACUGGUUAAUGUCAAAGCCACUAUGUUCAAGAAAAUGGCGAAAUAUUUUGACAUAAGUACUUAGACUACUUUUGAAGGGGCACGCGUCUGAGAUUAAGCAAAAUACAAAUGAUUUGGAGAAAGCGAUGGCAACGACCUUGACUGGACUUCGGCAUCUAGCGCUUCCAAGGCUUCGAAAAAUUGCACCUGCUUUUUGCCUGACUAUUCCCAAGCAGCAGUCACGCUCACGGAGCGACCUCUUUGGAGCGCCGAGACUAGGGCCUCCGGAGGUAUCAAAGAUCCUCCGAUGCAAUGAAACGUCAAGGGAAGUACAAGCGCGGUCUCUGCGGUCCUUCGAUACAAAUCAGCUUGCCUCCAACAGCCCCAUGGAGGAUCGCCUUGUUAUUGCUCGCUGCCUGCUCACUACGGGACAUUUAUUCGGCGUGUUUGAUGGACACGGCGGACCGGGUUUUGCACAACUUGUGAGCCAACGCCUGUUUGACUACAUAGCACUGUCUAUUCUUCCCCACUCUCUACUUAAGGAAUAUAUAGAACAAAAUAACAGGACACAUCUUGUUCAAGUUAUGCACUGUAUAGACUCUCUAACAGAUGAGCAAAAUCAAGCGCACUUUGACAGCCUACAUGCCUUUGCACAUAAACUGCUUUCAAGUGUGGGAAGGCCAUUUUCAAUGCAAGAUGCCCUGCAUCAAGCUUUCUUGCAACUGGAUGCUGACAUUUCACGUGAAGUAACUGAGAAAAAGUGGCAAGACUCUUUGCGGUAUGCUCUAAUGGGAGCCUGCGCCUGUGUUGUGCAUGUAGAUGGACUGCAUUUGCAUGUGGCCUCAGCAGGUGACUGCAGGGCAGUACUGGGAAGCCUCACUGAAGACUCCAGCUGGCGUGCCAAGCCCCUCAGUAUGGAGCAUAACGCGGACAACAUAGCAGAGCUUCGUCGUGUGCUGAGUGAGCAUCCAGAUCAAGAACGCAACACAGUGGUGCGGCAGGACCGCUUGCUGGGCCAGCUGGCACCGUUAAGGGCUCUGGGAGACUACAACUACAAGUGGCCCGUCAGCAAGGUGACCGAGCUUCUGGUGCCACUGGCUGGACCGCAUGCCCUGCCACCGCACUACUAUACACCUCCUUACCUAAGUGGUGCACCUGAAGUGACCCACCACCAUCUGGGCCCCCAUGACAAAUUCUUGGUGCUGGCCUCUGAUGGCCUUUGGGAGCAGCUGCAGCCACACCGUGUGGUAAAGCUUGUCGGCCAGCACAUGAGUGGUCGGCAAACAUUGGACCGACUACGCUUGCCCCAGCCCAACAUGCGCCUCAUACAGGUGGCGCGCAUUCUUGCUGCCCGCCAGAAAGGCCUGGCUCAGAAGCCUACAGAUGCUAAUGCAGCAACUCACCUCAUCCGCAAUGCACUUGGACGCACUGAAUAUGGCAUUGAGCACAGCAAGCUAGCAGCCAUGCUGGCACUGCCACAGGAAGUGGUGCGCAGCUUCCGUGAUGACAUCUCUAUUGUUGUAAUUUACUUUGACUCUGACUUCCUGCGGCUCUCACCCGCCGGCUAGCAACUCUGGACAUCACGUAUUUAUUGUUCUGUCUUCAUCUGCUUCGCCCUCUCAUUGUGAUAUUUUAUCUAAAAGUAUUUAUUGUGCAGAAAAAAAAAGCAAGAAAAACUGCCACUGCCAUGUUGCUGAGGCAUAUAGCAGCUAGGAGGAGGUUUGUCUAGUCUACAGAAUGUUCCACACAGCAAAACAUCAUAAUGUGAGAGUUAUGGCAACUGGAUGCGUAGUUCCAGUUGAGGCAUAGGAACAACUUGAAAAGGGUAAAUAAUAGAUUGGUAUACAAGGACUACUCUGGAUGCCGCUAUAUGUAGUAAAUUACUUUAGUGUUCUUAAUAAAUUAUGUUGACAGUCC